AUGCUACCAGGUCUAAGAUUAACGACGAGGUCGAAAUCCCCCGUUCGUGGGCUGUCGCCCAGAUUCAAGGUAGUGACGGGAAGUUUCUUCAAGGAGACUGCAGACACCCCGACAGGUUUGAGCGUUCAACGACGCAAUGGUCGUAUCGUCAUUAGUGACAUUGAGGAAAACAGUUUGGCGGCCAAGAACACCCCCCUUCGAGUUGGUUUGGAGAUCAACACCAUCAAGAACAUCCCCGUGGGAAAUUUCAGCACAUCCCAAGUCACCAACAUGUUGAAUGGCGCUGAAGGCCUCGUGACAAUCACAGCUGCCGCACCCGGCACGGCACCCGAAAAGUCCACAAUCGUUACCGGAGCCCUUGUCAAGGAGAGUGCCGCUACAAAGACUGGUGUUGGUAUGCGGAAGAACGGAACCAAGAUUAUCAUUUCUAGCAUUGCUGCCGACAGCAUGGCUGCAACCAACACGUCCUUGAAACCCGGUAUGUGGAUCUACAGCAUCAACAACAAGCCCGUUGAAGGUCUGUCUUGCGAAAGUGCUGCCAAGCUCCUCAUGGAUGCCGAGGGUUUAGUCACUUUGACGGCUAUUACCGUCUAA